UUCUGCGAGACCGCUGGCACAAAGGCAGCUCUCCUUUUUUAAGAAGUUUAAUCAGUAUAUUACACCCCGCAGAGAUCGGACACCUUCCAGUGUGACAUCCAGGGAUCCCACAAUGUCCUCUGUCGAACUUGCUGAAAGACAGAAGGGCGAAGAUGCAGUAAUUAAUUCCGAGGACUACCGUUACAUCAUGUCAACAUCGGCGUCUGACUUAAGUUCCUCUCCAUCGUCAUCCAAGACUAGUCCUCGGAGACCUGAAGCUUCCGCCAAAAUGCCAGCACGGGUAGAUAACUCCAUCAAACCUGGAGACUACAAAUAUAUCAUUGAGACAUCGGCGUCAGACGAGUCAUCAUCUCCAUCACGCAAAGGUCUUCGUGAAUCUGUUGGAGCAUCUGCUUCACCCUCUAGGAGCUCUCACAGCAGUCCUCGUGAAUCUGACAGUGGAUCUGACAAACCUGAUGACAGAUGCUACACUUCACCAACGUCAUCUCCAUUGCCACACCCAAGGUCUCUUACAGGGUCCAGGGAAUCUGUCUUGUCGUCUGAAAUUCUAAGCAGCGUCUCCUCUGACUCUGAGAAAGUAUUCGACCCCUUCGCGAAGGACCACCUUCAGCCCAGACUUUCCCCGAGGGAGCCAUCUGUGGACGUUCAUUUCCCAGUCGCUGAAACAGUGUCCGAGGUAUCCCUGGCAAACAGGAGCGAUGAAUCGUGGUUUACCGACUCCAGGGAGUCGAACAGUUUCCACCAGGACGCACUACACAUACGUAAGCUGAUGCUGGACCAGGCCUGGGUCUCUGACAGGCAACAGCCCAUGUCGGACUGGGUGUCCUCUGUUAUCGUCUGGGAUGAUGACGUUGCAAGCAACUUGGGUGUGGACUCUCUCCUGACCAGACUGAAGAACCGGUUUCAGAGCACUUGGUGGCGCCUGACAAGGGGGAGGGAGACUCGGGUCCAGAUCCUCAAGAAAUCCAGCUCAGCAUCCGGAAGCGGCAUCAGCGGUGGAGACGAGGACAAGGCACCACACAAAGAGAAGCUGCAGAAGAGAGUGCAGAGGUUCAUGUCCCGGUUCUUCAUUUGUGGAGGACCAUCACAGGCCUAG